CCCUAGGCCACCGCCUAAGAUGAAUUCCCGUAUAACAAUUGCUUGUUCUCCCAUCCCUCACACUUCUCUGCGCCAGGUUGUUAAGCUCCAGUAACACCACGGACCAGCAAUCAUGUCAUCCUCAACAAUCCCCAUCACCAUCAGCCACCUCGGUACCCUGAACGUCGGCUACCGCAUCUCUAACGAUGCAAUCGACGCUUCAAAACCAACGCUCGUCUGCAUAAACUCUAUGUGCAUGACAACCGCACUGUUUACCCCCCAAUUCGAGUCCCCAGAACUCAGCUCCGCAGUCAACAUCCUCGCCAUCGAGCCUCUCGGCCAUGGCUCAACUUCCUUCCCCACAAAAGCAACCCACUUCACGUACUGGGACUCGGCAGCCGUAGCCCUAGAAGCCAUGACCGCUCUCGGUGUGGAAAAGGCAUUUCUUCUAGGCACGAGCCAGGGCGGCUGGAUGGUCGUCCGCAUGGCGCUGCUCGCGCCGUCGCGCAUUCUCGGGCUGCUUCCUCUGGGCACAAGUAUGGACGCCGAAACCGCCGAGACGAGAGAGAAGGGGUGCUGGGACCCGGUGCCGCUCUUAUAUCCCUUCGCAGAGAAGUGGACGAGUGCGAAGCCAACGCCGGAUUUCGAGAUUGACGACACGUGGUGCGGGAUGGUGGCGAGCUUUGGCUUUGGCGCGCACGCAACAGAGGCGUCGACGGCAUUCUGGACGCAGGUGCUCAAGGACACGUACAAGGGGGACGAGGGGCGCAAGAAGGCAAGGAUGGCGGUGUUGUGUCUUCUGACGAGGGAUUCGCUGAAUCUUAGGCUCGCGGACCUUACUUGUCCUGUGCACUGGCUCCAGGGCAGUGAAGAUGCGCCGUAUGGGUGUGCGGUGCAGAAGGAGCAGAUUGAGCUUUUCAAGGGGAGUGUGGAGAAGAAGUUGAGUAUUGUGGAGGGAGGCGCGCACUAUCUGAAUGCGACGAAUGCGAAGGAGGUGAACGAGGCGAUAUUGGCGAUGGUGAAGAACCAUGCGUGAUUAGAGCGAGCAUGCAUGCGAUAGUAUGGGCUCCUAGAGGACAAGUAGAUUGGUGGAGGCAUCACGACAUGAAUUCGAUUGGUACACCACUUCGCUUCGUUAUGCUU